AUGGAGUUAUCAAUAGAAACAUUAAAGGAAAAGUUUUUAAAUAUGAACAGUGACAUUGAAUUAAUAGAAAGGAAAUUAAAAGAUGAGAUGGGAAAAUUAUAUGAAGAUAAUAUAAAUCCAUAUUAUUUAUUAAACGAUUUCGAUAAAAUUAAAAAAGAUUUAGAGAAUAUACAUAAGGAACUGAAUAAUUUGUAUAUAAAGAAAAAUAUGAGCAUAAAAUAUUUACAUAGACAAAUGCAAAAUUAUAAUUUCUUAUUAAAUUUAGAAAAUAAUUUAAAUUGUCCUUCAAGAUAUUUUCAUAAUUAUCAUAGUUCCGAAAUAUUACUAAAGAACUAUUUCUAUGAAAAUAUCAAAAAAUUUUUAUUAAAUAUAAAUUAUAAUGAAAUAAAUAAUAUAAUCUUUCUAGAAUAUCAACGGAAGUAUAUGUAUAGGCAAACACCAGUACAAUCGAAUAUAAAUAAAAUGUAUAAUGAACAUAUGAAUUCAAAAAAUUUUAAUUUAAAUUCGUCUACUGGGACAAAUGAGUAUCAUGAAAUGGAAAAGCAAGAUUUAUACACAAAUGGUAUGUCUAAUAAAAAUAAUAUGAAUAAUAUGAAUAAUAUGAACAAUACGAAUAAUAUGAAUAAUACGAAUAAUACGAAUAAUAUUAAUAAUACGAAUAAUAUUAAUAAUACGAAUAAUAUGAACAAUACGAAUAAUACGAAUAAUACGAAUAAUACGAAUAAUAUGAAUAAUAUGAACAAUACGAAUAAUAUGAAUAAUACGAAUAAUAUGAAUAAUACGAAUAAUAUGAAUAAUAUGAAUAAUAACGAACAUGAUGAUCUAAGAAAUAUGAAUGAGAAAGAAAACUUUUUUGUGCCAAUAGACGAUGCAACUUUUCAAACAGUACCCGCUCUAAUAAGAAGGAGAGCAAAAUUACAGGAUAUUAAUAUGAUUUAUAAGACAUUAUAUGAUAUGGCUAUAAAAUAUGGAAAUUGUCUCCCCGUGGAAAAGUUAGAAUUGAUGAGAAUGAAUUUACAAGUAUUUGGACAAACAGGGGAAGCUAAAAUCGCCACAUUAAGAUAUUUAAAAAUUAUAGAAGUCCUUAAUAAAAAUUCUUCGGUUAGGCUACUUCAGUGCUUGGGCUUAAAAAAGAAAAAAAAGAAAAAAAAAACAUGCAUAGGAAAAUAA